CGUUUGCCAGCCCUCCUCCGUCAAACAAACCUUACCAUCAGAGCUGAACGACGAACACCCCGACUCGCAUCCCACAAUCCCACAAUUCGUUCUCUGGCCCCCCCACAACGCGGCAUACGACUGGGUUAUCAUCUCUAGGCGAGAAGAGCGAUCCACUUACCCGGCCAAGAGGUUAGAGUUUUUUCCUGCGACAAGUGAAUCAAGGCCUCGCGACGCCAGGCAGGGACAAGGACACGACGAAGGAGGAAAUAGCGAAGGGCUAGAGAGGAGGAAAGCGACCUCUCUCGUAUCCUCAACAUGGCACAGCCCAUCACCUUCCCCCGGCCGACCUUCGCCAAGCUCUCCCCUCACCCGUUCCUCCUCGCGAACCUCCAGCCAGCGGACCCCGCGGCCGCGUCACCGGCCCGCACUAACGGUCGCGCGCCACGGGAGGCGCGCCCCGUCAACGUCAAUGCGGGCUCGCUAUCCCAUGCCCAUGGCAGCGCCGUCGUGCGCGCGGGCGACACCACCGUGAUCUGUGGCGUGCGCACCGAGGUGCUUCCUAUAGCCAACAUCCCAAACUACCGUGUCCCUCCCCCGAGGCCCGACGACGACGACGACGGCGACGACGACGGCGAAGCAGGUCAGAAAGAGGAGGAAGAGGAGGGGGGUAGGAACGAGCUGCGCGACUACGACCUGGUGGUACCUAACAUCGAGCUCGCGACGGGAUCCGCGCCGCAGUUCCUCCCCGGCGUGCCGCCCACGACGUUGGCACAGACGCUGAGCAGCAGGGUCUACUCGCUGCUGCACGCCUCUGGGCUGCUGAACGUUGCGGACCUGCGCAUCUGGGACGAGGGCAGCAACAGCAACAGCAAACCGGGCGAAAAUGAGGAGAUGGGGGAAGCCGACGAUGGGAUGGAGCAGAAGCCACAGGUCAAGGCGUACUGGGUGCUAUACAUCGACGUGCUAUUCAUUUCGUUCGACGGGAACCCCUUCGACGUCGCCUGGACUGCCGUAGUGGCCGCACUACGUGACACACGCCUCCCCCGCGCCGUAUGGGACGCCGAGCGCGAGGCCGCCGUCUGCUCCCGUGCUGACGGCAGCCCCGGCCGCCCAUUGUCUGUCCGCGGCCUGCCCGUCGCCUGCACAGCCGCCGUGUUCCGGGGCAAGGACGACCCCGACGCCGCGAGCGGGGACGGCCAGUACUGGGUCCUGCUCGACCCGGACCGCCUCGAGGAGAGCCUGUGCGACGAGUUCGUCACCGUCGUCGUGGAUCGCAGCGUCGGCGCCGACUGCGGGCAGGAAGGGGAGGCGAGGAUCCAGAGCAUGCUCAAGGCGGGCGGCACGGCCGCGGGGCUGGACUUUAUCGGCCGGCUCGUCGAGGUCGCGGAGACGAGGUGGCGGGAUGUCAGGGACGCUAUAAAUACUAAAGCAUGAAAAUGCGUGCAUGCUGCUGCCUGUGUGCGCCUGCUUAAAAAGAGGGUGAUAGAUAAAAUUGCAGGUAAUGAUACCUAAAGAAUAGAGACGAUGAUGUUACUAGACUGUGGCCUCAUGUGUGUUAACUUAUUUUAGUAACCUUCCGUUGAGGACGCUGAUAUCUCAAGGGUUACUGGUAUGGGGGCUUGCUUAGUUCGACUAGUCAACAAUUACAUGAAUAAGCCGUAUUGCGAGCGGGCUAAUACCGUCCUGUA